CCGCCACAUCCGGUUCCGUCCAGCGCCAUUUUGAUGAAACAGCGAGGAGACGAACCAUCACCGGGGAGGAUUUUAUGGAUUUAACUUGAAUAAUUAACCGGAUAAACAACUUAACGCUUUACGUGGCGAAACGCAACCGUGGACCGAAGAGGAAUCUUUGUGUUUUGACUGCGUAACUAGUGGAUUUUGUGAGACUACUCGACAGUUGAAGUGACUGGCCGUGUUAGCAUAGCCACUUAUUUUGGUUUAGUAGAGGGAGCCGUAGCUAAUUUCGAGGUGUAUCAUGUUAGCUAACUCACCAAUCUGACACGAUAUAUACGGGUUUCUAGUGUAUUAUAUUUGAGCGGCGACAGAAACUGUGGACUCGUUGCGGAAGUGUUGUGGACUUUCUGGUUAUUCAGUCGUAUUGGUGUGACUUGUAAUAUAAACUAUUUACAGCAGACAAAGCUAAGGACUGGUGGUGAGGCAACCCCAGGCCCGCUGCUAGCUCCACUGGUGGCGCAGCGGCCCGGGCUUUCCUCCAAGGACAAUUCACUACGGACUUGGCCUCAUUUUAUUCCCCGUAAGCAAAGAUUGAUAUCGUGCCACAUGGACUCUCUUGGAUUCGGUGGCAUCCUGUUGUGUUUUCCGGACUUUGAAUAACUUGCGAGACACACGGCGCCGCUUAAUGGCGCUCUGGCCUCGCACCUCGAUCAUUUUUCUUUGGCAAUAACAAAGACUGUGACUACAUCUGCGAUCUGAACCCAUCCACAUAUUAUCCCUUUCUCUGUCAUCAGUGUUUUAGCGCACAUCAAGAAGGUUUACAUAUUAAAAACACAAUAUAUAGUCUCCUGUGUUCAGUGUUGACGCUGUUUUAUUUUGUAAUCAUACCAGCCCUGUGGUUUUUGGUUUUCCCCUUGUGCUUAAUUGAGUAUAGUGCUUAGAGCUGUUAAAAUGUCGUGUGUUCACUACAAGUUUUCUUCCAAACUGGACUACAACACAGUCACUUUCGAUGGGCUGCACAUCACUCUCAACGAGCUUAAACGGCAGAUCAUGGCUCGGGAGCGCCUCAAGGCCACAGACUGCGACCUGCAGAUCACCAAUGCGCAAACUCGAGAAGAAUAUACUGAUGAUGAAGCCCACAUUCCAAAACACUCGUCCGUGAUUGUCCGCCGUACUCCGAUCGGUGGAGUAAAACCUGCUGGCAGGACGUUCAUUGUAGAUCGUUCUGACACAGCUGUGGUGGGAUCAUCUAGACCCGUAUGUAAACCAAACCCAAAACAACACUCUGUCCUCCUCUCACUUCUCACUCUCUCCCCCUCUUUCUGGCUUUAGUCACCUUUCUCAAAAAGUAUUAAUUCUGUCAAAAAUGAUUGAGCCCUGUGUAUUUUCUGUUCACUGUUUGUUGGCUCCAUUUGUGUUGUGAUCUCAGCCUCUAUGUGUUAUAUGAAGUCUUUUUGGGGAGGGUUUCUUGGAGUCACCACCGUUAAAGUAGUUUGUUGUUUCUCUUUUAAAAGGUUUUGUGUUUUGAAAUUAGCACAUUAAAAGUUUUAGAUUGUGGCUCAGAGAGAUGAGAAACAACAGACUAGUCAUAAUUGUUUUUGAAUGCUCUGAACUGACCAUUUGUUUAACUGUUGCCACUUUUUAAUUGACUGUGAAUUAAUUUAAACUGUCACUGACUGUGUUUCAUAUUGAAAUGGUUUGUAGCCUGCUUCAGGGCAGACAAAUGUAUUUUUUAAAGGGGUUUGUAAAAGGAAGACAUGGUACUUUUGUAUUGAUCACUGUCGUUUUAUUUUCUGUGAAAAUAUUUUAUUUAUGUGGGUUAAGAACCCAGUGGAGUUAAGUGUGGCUGAGACUGAUUGUAAUUAACUCUGAUUACAAUUACAAUACUAAAGUUAUGUGAGUGGAACAGAGUCACAGAUUUAUAUUUUUGAAAACUUACCCUGCUAAACAUUAAUAUACUCUAAUAUGAUGUUGAGUAAAAUUUUCAGUGUCAACUGUUUUUUUGUACAAUUUGAACAUGAAGAUGUUAUAUAUAUUUAAUGGACUGCACAUUACCGUAAACCGUAAAGGCUCAGAGAUUUCAUCCUGCUGAGUUUAAUGUUUUUGAAUUAAAUUCUUAAUGUAUUUUGAAAAAAAACAGGCACUAAUUCAACCGGUGUUGUUACAACAGUGGUUUGGGGCAUUAGCAAGACACUAGUUUUAAUGAGUGAGAUGCUGUGACUUGGCCACUGACAUACAGUGUUGUCACCUGAUCACAAAGUACUAUGACAUCUCGUCAUUCCUUGGAGGCCUUCCAUGGUUCCUGCAGUGAGACGUAUACUGGUGUAGUGUGUCCUGUAAGCUGUAAGCUGCAGAACCUGUCAAUAAAGUUGUUCGGUGGUUCAGUGUCAGAACCACUUGCACCAGA